AUGCAGAUAAAUGAAGAUAGUUCUGCUCACUGGGAGAGUCAUCUCUAUCCAACAGGUUUUAAACAUGAAUUUUGCACAUUUCUGGAUAGACCACAGAAAUCUUACUCAUCUAAAUUAUAUGAAACUUUAAGUAGAUUUAAUGAGCCAUUAGAUGAGGAUAUCAAGGCACUUGAAGUUCAUAUGUUUAGUUUGGUUGCAUCACAUUGGAGACAAUCAUGCUAUACAUCUUCUGAAUCUCAAACCCCAGAGUUAAGCCCAGCACGGAUACCAUCUAGUUGUAAUGAAAAAGAGGGGAAGGAUGGUAUGUCUAUUAUUUUUGAUAUUUUAAAGGCCUCAAUGGAAUUUGUUGAAAGUGAUAAUAGUGAAUCUUUGGAAAAAUUAUGGAAUCAAAUUAGAGUAUUAGAUAGUGGGAUGCUAUCAUUAGUAGUAUCACUUUUUAACCAGAUGUGUAUGAUAUCUAACUAUGCAGAGGCAGCUCAAAGAAUACGUAGGAGACGUCAUUUUGAGAAAGUAUUAGCUCUUAGGAAUGAGAAUGAGGACCAAGAUGAAGCAUUUAGACUUUCAACACAUUCUUUAAGAAAUACAAUAAAGGACUUACUAAAUGCUGGGUAUGAGAAACAGAUAAUUUAUAAAUUAAUUUGUGAACAGGAGAUAGAUUUAGUAGUAACAGCUCAUCCAACUCAGGCUCAAAGGAUAUCUGUUGUAAAAUGUUGUCAAAAUAUUGCAGAGUUAAUACUUCAACUAGAUAGGUCAGAUUUAACUCCUACAGAAAUUAAAGAUGCUAAAAAUACUAUACAGAGAUGUCUAGCAAUGUUAUGGAAUUCAGAUACUUUACGUAGAGCUCGACCAACACCUUUAGAUGAAGUCCAAAAUACCGUAAAUACAAUUUGUGAAACAGUCUUUAAUACAUUACCUCAAUUUUUAAGAAAUAUAGAUAUGAUAUUGGAUGAUAAUGGUAUGGAUCCUUUACCACCCACAAAGACUUUAUUUAAAUUUUCUUCUUGGGUUGGAGGAGAUAGAGAUGGUAAUCCUUAUGUAACAGCUAAAAUAACAAGAUUGGCAGUAACAAACAUGCGUUUAAAGGCUUGUAGUAUUUUUCUUGAAAGUAUUGAUAAGCUAAUGUAUGACAUUCCAAUAGUUUCUAAUCAUAAGAAAUUGAAGAAUUAUGUCGAUAAUUUACCUAAUAUUUCAUUUUAUCUUAAUAACAAUACACCUGCUAAUAAUGGAGAUACAACAAAUGAUGCAACAGUUUGUUUGCGUCCAUUUAUGGGGUUUAUUGCAGAACAUGAAUUAUAUCGCCGGGUUUUAGCUCAUAUUAGAGUUAGAUUAAUAGCUACUAGAGACUACUAUCUAGAUACUUUGAAUUCUGGUCAUUGUGUACAGUCUGAAAUUAGAAGAUCUUUAGCUUAUCAUUCUACACAGCAACUUCUAGAACCUUUAUUAGUAAUGUUUGAAGCUUUAGAAGACUAUGAUAAAGAUAUUAAGGAAAAUAUUGAGGAAGAUAAAGUAUCAGCUUCUUCAUCUAAUAAUACAAUUCCUUGGCUAUCUCAUAGCAAUUAUGCAACAGCUAAAUUAGGAAGGGGACUAUUACUAGAUUUAAUACGUCAAGUUUCAGCAUUUGGAUUAUCUUUAAUGCGUUUAGAUAUUCGUCAAGAGGCUUCAAAACAUGAAAAAGCUAUGGAUGAAGUUUGUAAAUAUAUUGGAGUUGGAUCAUACUCUGAAUUUACAGAGGAAGAAAAGCAGAACUUUUUAUUUAAAUGUUUAGCUUCAAAAAGACCCCUAAUUCCACAUAGACUAAAUUGGACUCCAGAAACAGUAGAGAUUUUAGAAACAUUCCGUGAAUGUUCACAUUUGGGUGCAGAAGCUUUGGGUUCUUAUAUAAUAUCAAUGUGUAUGAAACCUUCAGAUAUAUUAUGCGUUCAUGUAUUUCAAAAGGAAUAUUUUGCAACUAUUAGUGCUGAAAGUGAAGUAUAUUCUAAAUUAAGUGAUUUAAAUACUUUAUUAAAUAGUAGAAAUAGUCAAGAUUCAUUAAAUAUGACAAAUAACCUACAAUCAAAAGGGCAAAUAUAUUCUCCUUUAAAUAAUAACUCUCCAAAAUCUUCAACUUCUAUUUUACCAUCUUUAGCUUCAAAAAGAAUGAGGGUAGUCCCUCUUUUAGAGACUGUAGAAGCUUUGAAUAAUGCUCAAAAAACUUUAGAAGUUCUUUUGUCUAAUGAAUGGUAUUUAAAUUAUGUUAAUUCUGUUGAUAAAGGAAUAGUAGAAGUUAUGAUUGGAUAUUCAGACAGUAGCAAAGAUGGAGGUAGAUUAGCUUCAGCUUGGCAAUUAUAUAAUGCCCAAGAAUGCCUUUCAAAUAUCUCUCAUAGAUAUGGAGUUCAAAUAGUCUUCUUUCAUGGAAGAGGUGGAAGUGUAGGAAGAGGAGGAGGACCUCAACAUCUUGCUAUCCUUAGUCAACCUCCAAAUACAAUAACAUCAUUUAUGAGGAUAACAGUUCAAGGUGAAGUAAUGACUCAAUCAUUUGGACUUGCUGAAAUUGCUUAUAAAACAUGGGAAAUAUAUACUUCUGCUGUUUUAACUGCUAGAUGUAGUGUUUUAGAUCUUGAGAAUACCUGUGAAGAAUUUGAUCAUUUAGAAAAUAAAAAUAAACCUAUCAUUAAUGAAACUACUGAUAAAUCGGAUUUAAAUGAUACUAAUCAAAAUUAUUUAUAUAAAUAUUUAAGUAAAAUGAAAUUUAAUAAAAAUGUUGUAGUUUCACCAAAAUGGAGAGAACUCAUGAAUAAAAUGAGUGAAGUUUCAAUGAAGGAAUAUAGACGCAUCGUAUUUGGUGAAGAUAAUAAAGACUUUACUUCUGAUGACUUUGUCAAUUAUUUUAGAAGUGUAACUCCUGAAAAGGAAAUAAGUGAACUUAAUAUUGGGAGUCGUCCAUCUAAACGUAAAGAAGGGGGUAUAGAAACUUUAAGAGCAAUACCUUGGGUAUUUGCAUGGACACAGAUAAGAUCUCAUCUACCUGUAUGGUUAGGUCUUAGUGCAGCUUUAGAAGAAAUGAAACGUAUUGAUGAACUUGGUGAAAUAGCUGAUAUGUACCAACAAUGGCCAUUUAUGAAAAGCUUUUUUAAUUUAGUCUCUAUGAUUCUCCUAAAAACAGAUGUACAUAUUUUCCAGCUUUAUAGCAAAACUUUGGCACCUGAAAAUCUUCAACACCUUGGAAAUUUAUUAUCUCAAAAACUUAAAGAUACUACAAAACUUGUAAUGGAAGUCACUAAAGAAAAACAACUUCUUGAUUCAGAUUGUGUAACAAGAAGAGCUAUAUUACUUAGAUUUGCAUGGCUUGCUCCAUGUAAUCUUGUACAAAUUGAAUGCAUUAAUAGACGCAGAAAGCUCUGUAUUUCUAAUUCAAAUAUACAAGAUCCAAAAACUCAAUUGGAACUUGAAAAAAUUGAAAAUGCUCUCAAAAUAUCUAUUCAAUCCAUUGCAGCUGGUAUGCAGUUCUCAGGUUAA